CCUCACACGUUGUGGGCCACCUUCAUUGACCGUCGACUAAGAACUGCCUGUCCCGGGGGCUUGCCGUCGAAUGUUUGCGGUAUCCUAGCAACCCAAUGGAUAGGCUCAGAACGCACCUUGAUCAUUGAAGAGGAAACAGCUGCGGAAGAUGGAACAUGUUUCUUGUCCUCGUAUUUAUGUGGAAACAACUUUAGCUCUCAUUAAGCCAGAUGCAGUCCAUAAAAGUGAGGAGAUUGAGGACAUCAUUCUGAAGAAUGGCUUUGCUGUCUUGCAGAGGCGGACGCUCCUGCUGACUCCAGAACAGUGCAGUGACUUUUAUGCUCUACAUUAUGGAAAAUUAAUCUUUCCCAGACUGACUGCGUACAUGAGCUCAGGUCCAAUCAUUGCAUUGAGUCUAGCCCGGGACAAUGCCAUAGCUCACUGGAAGUCCAUCAUUGGACCUGCUAGGGCCACAGAAACUCAUCCAGAAUGCCUUCGAGCAAGGUAUGGCACUUCAGAGCUGCAGAAUGCACUCCAUGGCAGCCAAUCCUUCCACACUGCUGUACGAGAGAUCAAAUUCAUGUUCCCAUACACUGUCAUUGAGCACAUUCACACAAGAGAAAUCACUCAUGAAUACCUGAAUCGGCAUGUGAACCAAACUUUGAUGCAUGGACUCAAUGAGCUCUGCAAACGCAAACCACUCAAUCCAUGUGUUUGGCUUGCUGACUGGCUCAUCAAACACAAUCCAAACAAGCCUCAAAUAUGUCAUGGACUUUGAAUUUAUGGAAUAAGCAAAAUCAAUGAGGAAAGAACAUACAUCCAUCCCUCAAUCUUCCACCACUGAUACGAGGUCGGGUCGCGGGGGCAGUAGCCUAAGCAGGAAAGCCCAGACUUCCCUCUCCCCAGCUACUUCGUCCAGCUCCUCCCGGCGGAUCCCGAGGCGCUCCCAGAGACAUAGUUUCUCCAAUGUGUCCUGGGUCUUCCCCAAGGUCUCCUACCGGUCAGACAUGCCCUGAGCACCUCCCCAGGGAGGCGCCUGGGAGGCAUCAUGACCAGAUGUCCGAGCCACCUCAUCUGGGUCCUCUCAGUGCAGAGGAGCAGCAGUUCUACUGCAAGUUUCUCCUGGAUGACAGUGCUUCUCACCUUAUCUCUAAGGGAGAGCCCAGCCAUCCUACGGGAAAAACUAUUUUCGGCUGCUUGUACCCACGAUCUUGUCCUGUCAGUUAGUACCCAAGGGUCAUGAUCAUAGGUGAGGGUAGGAACAUAGAUCAACAGCUUUGCCUUGUGCCUCAGCUCCCUCUUCACCACAACUGACCGAUGCAGAGUCUGCAUCACUGCAGACGCUGCACAAAUCCGCCUGCCGAUCUCACGUCCCAUCCUUCCCUAAAUUCCUCCACUUGGGGCAAGACUUCAUCCCCGACCCGGAGAUGGCACUCCACCCUUUUUGCGGUCGAGAACCAUAGUCUCUGACUUGGAGGUUCUGAUUCUCAUCCCGGCUGUGAACUGAUCCAGUGAGAGUUGGGGGUCACGGCUCGAUGAAGCCAGCAGGACCACAUCAUCUGCAAAAAGCAGUGACGGAUCCCCUCAAAACAUUGACUGCACCUAGAAAUUCUGUCCAUAAAUGUAAUGAAUGGCAUCAGUGACAAAGGGCAGCCCUGCAGGGGUCCAACCCUCACUGGAAACGAGUCCAAAUUAUUGUUGGCAAUGCAGAGCAAGCUUUGACACCAGUCAUACAGGGAGCAAACCGUCUGAAUUAGGUGACCCGGUACAGCAUAUUCCCGGAGUACUCCCCACAGGAUUCCUCAAGGAACACGGUCAAAUGCCUUCUCCAAGUCAACAAAACACAUGUGAACUGGUUGGACAAACUCCCAUGCACCCUCAAGGACCCUGCCGAGAGUGCAGAGUUGGUCCACAGUUCCACGGCCACGAAGAAAACCGCACUGAUCCUCCUGAAUCUGAGAUUUAACUAUCCGGCAGAUCCUCGUCUCCAGAACCCCUGAAUAGACCUUACCAGGAAGGCUGAGGAGAACAUAUUCAUAUUAUAUUCAUUCAGCAGAUUUUUAAAGAGUUAAUUUUUAGAGUUGAAAACUUUCCAUAGGAAUUUACAGCAAACAACAAUAAAGUGGAUGUUUGAAAAAUUGCUGAUUAGCCACUGGGAAUUUCCAUGUUAAAAAUACACUUUAUAGCAGGGGUCACCAACACAGUGCCCGCGGGCACCAGGUAGCCCCCCACGACCACAUGAGGCGCCCGCAAGCCUCCUUUUCAUUCAGGUUUUCAGUUAAUAAUGUGAGAACACUAGAAAGGAAUGUAUUCUGAAACAUAAAAUGUGAGUUGUGGAU